AUGUCCUCGGCCAUCGUGUUGGUAGGGAACCGGCAGGUCAUCCCAUUGGCGAGUCGGCUGAUUGUUGGCAUACGCCUGCAGGGCACCAUCGGCUUCGUCGACCCCGCGAGCCCGUAUGUAGUCAAGCCGCGUCCCUAUGCGUCCUACUUGGCCACGACGCUGCGGCGCCUGCAGUGCGCUGUUGCGUUGUUUGUGCCGACGAACACGGAGCACGACCGGGAGAUGAUGAACGUGUUCUACCGUCGCGACUUCUCCGUCCCGUUCCGCUACGUGAACGAUCACUCGAAGUUUAUCGGUGCUGGCUCAGGCCGCGGCAACCGCAAGAGAGACCUGGCGCCGAACAACUACACUGAGUAUCUGCGCAUCAUGGCGAACGAGGCGAAUGGCACAGGGCAGGACACAAGCCGCAUCCUCUUUAUCGACUCCGAGGUAAACUACCGCUUCACGCCGGUGCAGACCAUCGUCCUCGACGCCUACGAGCCCCUGACGCGGCGGCAGCAACGAAAGCUUGUCCAGCAGCAGUACAGCAACCCGUUCGGUGACAUCUCGUCUCGGCACGCACGGCGCUAUGGGGCAGCUGCGGCGAGGGCGAGAAAGACGACGGUGCGACACCGCGCCGUCGUGAGUGCGCAGCACUUGCAGGAUGCUAUGGACACGCAGCAGAAGUACACAGACUUCCUGGUAGCGGAGCAGGAGGGGGUGCGGCUGCCCCCAGAGAUGCGAGACGGGGUGCAGGACGGCCAUGGGGGCGACCUCUGCCACCUUUCCAAAGGGUGCCUGCAGCGCUCCUCCCGGUCGUCCUCGUCGACGGACACCGAAGGUGAUAAGACGCCUCCAGACGCCCACAAGGGCAUCAAGGAGGAGGAGGAGCAGCAGCAGCCGAGCAUGUCCUGCCCACUUGCCGUGAACCUGGAGGACUACAGCCUUGUCGCGCUGGCGGAGAUGAUCGCGGAGAUGUCGGCCAGCGAAACGAGCGUGGCCGACUACAUCAAGGCGGAGCCGCUGAUCGAGAAGGUGGAGGUGCCCUUUCACGGCAAGGCGAACUACCUCGCCCCCGAGAACUGCGACAACAUCGACCUGCUCAACUGGGACGAGAUCCAGGUAAUGGAGAAGGCGCACGGCACGGAAGUGCCCGAGACGGUAGAGGAGACGGAGGACCACAAGGACUUCUUUCGGUGA